GUCUGGAGGGUGGAUGAAGUAGGGCUUCAGCACAGCUCAUCCUACUAAGCAGGCUGGACCCCUGAGUUCCUGGCUUGCACUGAAGGGUUUGGAUCUGGAAAUAGCAUGUACACACCCAUCCCGCAGAGUGGCUCUCCAUUCCCAGCCUCAGUGCAAGCUCCCGGCCUGCACGUGUGGAGGGUGGAGAAGCUGAAACCAGUGCCUGUACCACAAGAGAACCAGGGAAUCUUCUUCUCGGGGGACUCCUACCUGGUGCUGCACAAUGGCCCAGAAGAGCUCUCCCACCUGCACCUGUGGAUAGGCCAGCAGUCAUCCCGGGAUGAGCAGGGGGCCUGCGCAGUGCUGGCCGUGCACCUCAACACCCUGCUUGGGGAGCGGCCUGUGCAGCACCGUGAGGUUCAGGGCAAUGAGUCCGACCUCUUCAUGAGCUACUUCCCACGUGGCCUCAAGUACCAGGAAGGUGGCGUGGAGUCAGCCUUUCACAAGACCUCCCCAGGCACCCCAGCAACUAUCAAGAAACUCUACCAGGUGAAGGGGAAGAAGAACAUCCGUGCCACUGAGCGGGCGCUGAGCUGGGACAGCUUUAACACCGGGGACUGCUUCAUCCUGGACCUGGGCCAGAACAUCUUUGCCUGGUGUGGUGGAAAGUCCAACAUCCUGGAGCGCAACAAGGCGAGGGACCUGGCGCUGGCCAUCCGGGACAGUGAGCGACAGGGCAAGGCCCAGGUGGAGAUUGUCACUGAUGGGGAAGAGCCUGCCGAAAUGAUCCAGGUCCUAGGCCCCAAGCCUGCUCUGAAGGAGGGCAAUCCUGAGGAAGACCUCACAGCUGACCAGACAAAUGCCCAGGCCGCAGCUCUGUAUAAGGUAUCUGAUGCCACCGGACAGAUGAACCUCACCAAGGUGGCCGACUCUAGCCCUUUUGCCCUCGAGCUGCUGAUACCCGAUGACUGUUUCGUGCUGGACAAUGGGCUCUGUGGCAAGAUCUACAUCUGGAAGGGACGAAAAGCAAAUGAGAAGGAGCGGCAGGCAGCCCUCCAAGUGGCCGAGGGCUUCAUCUCCCGCAUGCAGUACGCCCCAAACACUCAGGUGGAGAUUCUGCCCCAGGGACAUGAGAGUCCCAUCUUCAAGCAAUUCUUCAAGGACUGGAAAUGAGGGUGGGCGUCUCCCUGCUUGCUACUCCCCCAACCCGCCUCCUGCUUUUUCCUCCUCUAGCUGCCUGGGCAUUGCUGAGGAACCCCUGUGGAUGUUCAAUAAAGGAGACAAGUGCUUUCCC